AUGGCUCAUGAACAUGAAGACUUCUUUGCUCACCGGUGCAUACUGGUGAACGGCCCUGUCAUCGUUGGAGCAGGGCCAUCAGGUCUAGCUGUUGGUGCUGGCCUCAAACAAGAAGGAGUGCCAUUCAUCGUGCUUGAACGUGCCAACUGCAUUGCCUCGCUAUGGCAAAACCGAACUUAUGAUCGUCUGAAGCUUCACCUCCCAAAACAGUUUUGCCAACUUCCAUACUUCCCAUUUCCAGCCCAUUUCCCUGAAUACCCGACCAAAUAUCAGUUCAUCGACUACCUUGAAUCUUAUGCUAAACACUUUGAGAUUAAGCCGCGGUUUAAUGAGUCCGUGCAGUCUGCUAAAUAUGAUGAAAUAUGCGGUUUGUGGCGUGUCAAGACAGUUAUGACUAAUGAUACGAGGAGGGGUGAGACCGAGUACAUCUGUAGAUGGCUUGUGGUAGCUACAGGAGAGAAUGCAGAAAAGGCUGUCCCAGAAUUCGAAGGCUUGCAAGACUUUGGUGGCCAUGUCAUGCAUGUUUGUGACUAUAAAUCAGGGGAGGCUUAUCAAGGGAAGAAAGUAUUAGUAGUCGGUUGUGGCAAUUCAGGCAUGGAAGUUUCUCUUGAUCUUUGCCACCACAAUGCAACUCCAUCAAUGGUGGUCCGAAGCUCGGUUCAUGUCCUGCCAAGGGAAAUUUUACGAAAAUCGACGUUUGAUUUGGCAGUUUCGAUGAUGAAAUGGAUGCCACUUUGGCUUGUUGAUAGAAUACUGUUGCUUAUUGCAAGAUUGAGUCUUGGAAAUCUAGAAAAGUACGGUCUGAGAAGGCCGUCAAUGGGUCCUUUAGAGCUCAAGAACACAGAAGGAAAGACCCCCGUCUUGGACAUUGGUACAUUACACAAAAUUAGAUCUGGUGAGAUCAAGAUAGUCCCUGGAAUCAAGAAGUUCUUGCCUGGCAGAGUUGAGCUUGUUAAUGGUGAAACACUUGAGAUUGAUUCUGUAAUUUUGGCAACUGGGUAUAGCAGCAAUGUCCCUUCAUGGUUCAAGGAGGAAGAAUUUUUCUCCAGGGAAGGGCUUCCAAAAUCUCCAUUCCCAAAUGGGUGGAAAGGAAAAUCUGGGCUUUAUGCAGUUGGUUUCACAAGGAGAGGUCUCUCUGGUGCAUCCUUAGAUGCCAUCAAAGUAGCACAAGACAUUGGCAAAAUCUGGAGAGAAGAAACCAAGCAUAGAGAGCAUUCCGUUGCGGUCGCAUGCCAUCGAAGAUGCAAAUCACAUUUCUAA